GCAGCUGGAUGGCAUCGACGCGAUGGCCAGCCAGCAGCAGACGACCAAGGACAACCUGUCGGAGUUGAUCGAGUCGCUGCAGCCCGCCCUGCACACGGGCACGGAUGAGGCGCAAAGCAGGGUGAAGGCCCUCACCAAGCAGGCCGAGAAGACCCUGACCAGCACGGCCCUCGCGGGCCAGAGUCUGAGGGACCGUGAGCCAAAUCUCACGGAGACUGGGCUGGAGCUGGUUGCCGUCCCAGCUUUCCCGUCCCUCCAUGGGGCGGGGGACGACCUGGAGUUCUCAUUGGAGGACUUCCUGGAGGGCAAGAAGCUCCAGGACGCGCUCGAUGCGACCAGCUCGCCUGAGGCCAAACGCAUUGCGAUGCUGGGCAUCAAAUCGUACGCGUUCAGGCUCUCGCUUGCCCAGGCGCCCUCGUAG